AAAAAGAAAAAAAAAAAUCUCAGGAAGUGUGCAAAAAGGAAAGGCAUUUUAGAAGAAUUACCUCGCACGAUUCAAAACCCACAUUCUUUAGUUUCUUUAUCUCACGCAACGAAUAACCCCUUCACUCAUCUUCAUCAUCCCCAUCAAAAUCCUAACAUUCUGUUUUACAGAUCUCUAUCAUCGUCAUCACCCCAAGGAGGAGGAGAAGAAGAAGAAGAAGAAGAAGCAAGCAAGCAAGCAAGCUCGUAGUGAAUAGCGAAUAUCCUCUAAUACCCUUUCUUGGUUUUUUAUAUUGCAAAGGGCUGCUCGGGUUUUCUUCAUUCAAUGCUAGAAUUUACAAAACGGAGGAAAUUGCAUUGUGGGUAUUGAAGCGUUUUUGAAGUCCAAUCGUGGGUUGUAAAGAAUUUGAAGCCUUUGUUUCUGUAGAGGGGUUGGAAUUACGAAGAACCCCAGGUGGGGUUUGUUGCAAAUAUUCAUUUCGAGGAUCUUUCAUUCUUUUCAGCGACACUAACUCGAUUGGAAUUGGUACUUUUUCCACAAUCUUGUAUCAAUCAAUUCAUGAGUUCUUUGAUUUGAAGUGACAGUUUUGUAUCAUUUAAUUUUGAUACAUUUGAAAUCUUGGAGGUUAUAGGUGGAGUUAAUAUGAAGUAAAGUUAUAUGGGGAAUUGAAAUUGGAUAGAUUUCGAGUUGGAAGAGCUGUUUUUUUUGUUCUCUCCAUGUCUAUUGCUUAGCUUUAAUUUGUGUAUCACUAUGUCUGGGGGAACACCCGUAGCGGGUGGUUAUAUGAGGCAGAGGCAUAGCCAGGGAUAUGCUUCUAGUGGUGAUGAUGUUGAAGAUGAUGCAUGUUCGAGGUUUCAAACUAUGUCGUUUCAUACUCCAAAGAGUCGGACGUGGAUUGAAGUUGUAGAGAAUGUCCUUUGGCUUGCUUCUGCUGCUUUCAUUGUAUACUAUGGCGAUAGGCAUUCCAAUAUGAUAUAUCUCUUGUGGCAUGAUGGCCGAUUAAGAAGACUUCCUUUAUACCUUGGAAUGGUGGGAAUCGGUUUAAAUGUUGUCAUCUUCAUUUACACAAGUAUGUCAGCCUGGAGCAUUAGAAGGUUUGAUGAAAAAUGGGAACUAGCAAGCUUGUCAGUUUUACCAAUUGUAACACUUCUUGGGCUUAUCUCCUUUUGCUUGUUGUCAUUUGCUCUUUGGCCAAUAUGGGGUUUCCUGACCAUUCCUCUUCUGUUCACUUUGUUCAUGGCAUGCAUGGUUGUAUUUCCCAAUAUAAUGAUUGGGAAAUUUAGGCCUCAGAGUGAUGUUCUCCGUACAGAUUAACGAACUCGAUCAAAGUGAUGCAUUGGGAAAAGAUUGAUUUUAAAUCACAUAUGAUUAGUUGGACUGGCUUGAGAUAAGAGAAGGUUCUGAUUUGGAUCGAAUAAUUCAUGCUUACCAUGAUUCUCCGUAAGCCAACUGCCUGAUCCUCAAUCGAUUCAAAUUCCGACGUUGCCAGAAUUCUGGCAUUUGCUAUUUUGUUAUGACCACAACCGGAGCAGUAUUCUUAUAUCGUUACAUCUUUUGUUAGCAAAGUACAUUUACUUUGUUAUGUAGUUUAGUUGCCUCAAUUUUUUUCAUUGGAAAGUAGGUGUGUGGCGUGCCUCAUUAUUCAUGUAGGCGAUUCAUUUCAUUUUAGCAUCUUCUUUGUGAUAAAUUUGUUUGUGUUUGUAAGCUAACAUAACUUCACUGGCAUCCUUAGCACAAGGAAAGGGAAAAGGAGAGUCUCAUUAGACAAUAUGAAGUGGUUGAGUUUGGUAGGACUGUAAAGUUAUGAGAAAUACUGUUUCGGUGAAGUUACUUGAAUGAAUGAUUUCUUAAGCAUA